CUCUAAACGUCAGUGUCAAAAUCAUAUUUUAGACAAAAAUAGUGCUUUGGGUUUUGGGUUACGAAAAAUUAAUAAAAACAUAAAGAAAUGUACACAGAAGUUGAUGUAUUCGUUAGUAAUUAUACUCUAAUUGAUCCUGAAAUAUACCAGCUGUGGAUUGAGGGAUGUUCUUCGAGUGAAGCGGUGUCCACGCUACACCAGCGAGGGUUCGCCAAGCAGCAUGGAGCGACGGUGGAGCUCAUUGCCAGCGAUGUCUUGGAUCAUUACAGAACAUUCGCCCUUCUAGAGCGUCUCCUGACAGUUCCGUCGAAGCUGUCCGAACAGAUGGUGUUCCAGAUCGAUGACGCCACCAAACAGAUGCUCAUUGAGAAUCAUCUACCCUAUUAUCCCUGCGUGUCCCAGGUGGCGGAGCGGUCGGGCGCGCCGCUGCGCUGCUGCCGGCGGCAGUUCGACAACGUGCGGCGCGUGUUCAAGGCGGUCGAGGAGAUGCCGGGCAACGUCGUCGCCAACAUCCGCACCACCUUCCUGCUGUCUGAGCCGCUCGCCAAGAAGUACGGUGCAGUGGUGUUCAUAGCGUGCAUGCGGUUUGAGACUGCCAAGCGGAAACUCACGUAUCUGACGUUCAAUGAUUUCUACCAUUGCGCCCAGGCGAUAAUGUCGUCGUGGACGUACAGCUGCACGGGCCCGGAGUACUACGACACGGAGAUGGACCGCGAGUUCCUGCUCGAGCUGCGCGAGCUGCGCAUCCUGCUCGACAAGGAGAAGGAGCAUAAGCAUUUGAUCUGCAUGCGUCUCCGUCCGAAGUUGUUGGAGAAAUCUUACCAGGAACUGGAACUGAAUUUCAGACUAUACACCCGCGCCCUGGUCGGCCUGGCUUGCAAUCUACACCGCGGCCGAGAAUUGAGAUCCUUAUUCAUCGAUCUUCUAGAGAGAUGUGUAGAGCCACUUAGAUUGGGAUCCUGGCCGAAGACGGAUCUGGCGCAGUUUCUGUGCGCAUACGAACAAUGCGCGCUACAGAUGGAUGUGUUAAGGGAAGCUGAUUUGAAGAGCGUUUGGGAAAGAUACAUGAGAGUUAUAAGCCAAUGUCUGCUAACUAUGUAUCAUAUAUAACUAUUCAUAUAACAUAACUAUAUUAUGUCAUAUUUAAGUCAAAAUUAUAUAUCAAAUAGACCAAAGAUACAUUUUUAAAAUGUCAAAAAUUUAAAUUUAAUCUUUUAAUACAUACAUACAAAUGAGACAAGCCCGCCACAACCUCCCAUACCGCUGCAACUCCUGUGCACCAGGAUCUACAGUAGAUACAACCAUGUAAACACCGGAACACUGAAGUCCAACGUCCCAGGGACAUGAAUGACUGUCUUGGAUCCCGCAACGAAAUAAAUCAGAAGAUAUUAUUAGAGGAGAAGAAAAAGAAAACGAUAGUUUCCACUUCCCUCGGUGAAUUUAAUGCAGGAGACAGAAUGACUUAAGCCUUAAGGCACAAAAGAGACUGCACAACUGGGAGAAGCCCAGUCGCCAAGUACCACGGGAAUUUGAAUUAAAAGUAAAUAAAAAUAUUCAUGCAUCUGAUCUUAUCUAGAGGAGAUUUUAUCACAAUAUCUUUAUAAAUCUUAAUAAUCUGGUACACAAAUAAAUUAGACCUAAUACUAAGAAACUUCGAUUCAUGGGCUUUUUCGGUU